AUGCCCUCCUCUGCUGGAGACGAACGAUCUCCCCAGCCCCCCGGCGCCGAUACUUUUGGCCGUCGGUGCCAGGGAUGCAACAAACUUCCCGUCCUUGGCCAAUCCUUCAGGAGAUGCGGGGGUCCGUGCGCCUUGAAGCCGGUGUACUGUUCUCAGGAAUGCCAGAAGGUGCAUUGGAAGUCCCACAGGAUGUACUGCAAGAAGGCUACGGACGCGACCUCCCCACCUCUUCCCAAGCUCUCCGAGCAACUCCGCAAGUUCUGCAGUGCACAUGAAUGGGCCUUCAUCACCGCAGGCGUCGCCUUCGCACUGCGAACGUGGGGGGACGAUUACGCCAACCAGCUCGAGCGCUACGCCGUGACAUUCUUCCUCGAGCCCAACCACAGCCACCUCGGAGCAAAGCAGCCUCGGGAUCCCUCGCGCGCCUUCUCCGUGUGCGGCGUCGGGGAGGUGGACGCCAAGAAGAUAUGCAUCGCCGAGGAUCCGUCGACGAUAGAGGACGAGGCGUUUGCCCCCUCUUGCGGUGUACUCGUACUCCCACGGGGCGGCGAAGACACCACUCAGAGCGGCGCUGCGUCUGCCGGCCACCCAACAGAAGACCCCAUCGCCUGCUUCCGUCGACGCUUCAGGUCCCACCACAAGACACCCCCGCACUGGAUCCUCAUGACCACCGUCUUCGGGGUCAAGAACUCGGCGUACAUCAUGGUCGACGCCUUCGCGCGUGCACCCCCGCGCGUCAUCCAUCCCGACAUCUGCCGCACGCCGGUCUCGGACAUGCGCAAGGAGCUGCUCGACGCCAUCCAGGUCUGUGUGCAUGGCGUCAACGAGCCGCCUUCCCUGCGCUCGUUGCACGACACGUGCGCGACCGUGGCCGUCCCGGGCAACUUCGUGCGCGUGCGGGGGGAGGGGUGGGUGUGGAAGCCGCUGUUCACGGACUGGGACGAGUACUUGCGCGACCCCGAGAAAUUCGACCGGGAUGUGCCUGCGUUCACCGCCGUGCGGCAGCAGUCCAGUAUGUCGGUGGCCGACUUGAUCGCCUUCUGUACGCUCCUUUAG